AUGGGGGAGGACCCCUGGAGCCGGCCUGGCCUCAGCGUGCCGGGGGCGCUUCUCCUCGUGGUGCGGGGUCCUGAGACCUCAGGACCAGAGAUCAUGGAGGCCGUUCUCCCCGACACCUGCGGAGAAGAAGCCGGGGUGCUGGAGGCGGAGGGACAACAGGAGCCCGAGGCGAGGGUCCACUUCCGAGUGGCAAGGUUCAUCAUGGAAGCAGGUGUCAAGCUAGGGAUGCGGUCCAUUCCCAUUGCCACUGCUUGCACCAUUUACCAUAAGUUCUUCUGCGAGAUCGACCUGGGAGCCUAUGACCCUUACCUGGUCGCCAUGUCUUCCAUUUACUUGGCCGGCAAAGUGGAGGAGCAACACCUGCGUACACGCGACAUCCUCAACGUGUCCACCAGGUACUUUAACCCGAGCAGCGAGCCCUUGGAGCUGGACUCGCGCUUCUGGGAGCUCCGAGACAGCAUCGUGCAGUGUGAGCUCCUCCUGUUGAGAGCGCUGCGCUUCCAGGUGUCCUUCCAGCAUCCGCACAAGUACCUGCUCCACUACCUGAUUGCCCUCAAGAACUGGCUGAAUCGUUACAGCUGGCAGCGGACCCCCAUCUCCGUCACAGCGUGGGCCCUGCUGCAGGACAGCUACCAUGGGGGACUGUGCCUUCGCUUCCAGCCUCAGCACCUAGCGGUGGCCGUGCUCUACCUGGCCCUACAGGUCUACGGAGUCCAGGUGCCUGCUGAGGCCGAGACUGAGAAGCCGUGGUGGCAGAUUUAUGCAAUGGACACAGAGAUCCCUAAGGCCCUGGCCCAGGCUUGCCCAAAGUGA